AUGGAGAGCGAGAGCGUUGGGCGGUUGGCGGGUGGCUGGGCGGGGCGUGGCUGGCGGGGUGUGGCUGGCGGGGUGGCAGCGCUGGCGGGUGGCAGCGCUGCCGGGUGGCUGGGCGGGGUGGCUGGCGGGGUGUGGCUGGCGGGGUGGCAGCGCUGGCGGGUGGCAGCGCUGCCGGGUGGCUGGGCGGUGUGGCUGGCUGGCAGUUCGGGGUGGCAGCGCUGGCGGGUGGCAGCGCUGCCGGGGCGUGCUGCGGUUGGCGGGUGCGUGGCUGGGCUGGAUGGCUGGCAUUUCGGGGUGGCAGCGCUGGCGGGUGGCAGCGCUGCCGGGCGGGGGCUCGGCGCUCGCAGGGCUGGACUGAGCAGCGCUGAGUUCGGCAGUGCUGGGCUGGACAGCGCUGAGCUUAUCAACGCUGACUUCGGCAAGGCUCGCAGGGAUGAACUGAGCUGCGUUGGGCUGGGCAGCGCUGCAUUCGGUGGAGCUGGGCUCGGUAAAGCUGGACUCUGCAGCGCUGCACUUGUCAAAGGUUAA